CAUGCCAUGUUCCCUCACUACCCCUUUGAUGUGAUAUCCAAAUUUUUUAUAUAUCUAAUGCUUUUUUUAUAAAAUUUUCUUCCACUGCUAUUGUAUUGAGUGUCAGUGUGUUUAUGUGUUUCUAUUUGUCUUCUUUUCUUCCCCACCAAAAUUUCCCUUUCACAAUUCACAAAAAGAAAUACUAAAUGAUUUGUCAGUAGCAGGCAUGUCCAGCAAGGGAAAGGAGGUAGCAGAAGGGUCAUCAAGAGCCUCUGGAGGGGGUGAUGAUCACCAUGAUCAUCAUGAUCAUCACAAUCAGCAGCAGCAUCAGCAACAGCAACAACAACAACAGUUACCACUGAGUCGCUAUGAGUCUCAGAAGAGAAGGGAUUGGAACACUUUUGGACAGUACUUGAGGAAUCAGAGGCCUCCUGUGGCACUUUCUCAGUGUAGUUACAGCCAUGUUCUUGAGUUCCUUCGUUACUUGGAUCAGUUUGGGAAAACCAAAGUGCACUUGCAAGGGUGCUUGUUCUUUGGGCAAAGUGAGCCACCUGGACCCUGCACUUGCCCUCUUAGACAAGCUUGGGGAAGCCUUGAUGCACUCAUUGGAAGAUUGAGAGCUGCAUAUGAAGAAAAUGGAGGCCUUCCUGAGACCAAUCCCUUCGCAAGUGGUGCCAUAAGAGUCUAUCUUAGAGAGGUCAGGGAUUCUCAAGCUAAGGCUAGAGGAAUCCCUUACAAGAAGAAAAAGAAGAAGAGGAACAUUAUCAAGCCCAACGGAGACACCUCCUCAAACUUGCCUUUGCAGUAAUAUAUUAUAAGUUCUAUAUAAUUACCCUUCAUCAGGACCAUGUGAUCUCAAAGUUGUUUCAAAAUCCUGAAUCUGUUGCUAGGUCUUGGAUAUAACUUCAGCUGCAGUGUUGGAACAUAAUCGACUAUCUAGGCGUAUCCCUGGUUCAAGAAGUGUAUUUUUUUUAUUUCGAAUGCGAAUUUAGAAUGAAGUUGACGAAGAGUUUAACAUUGGGGUGAAUCCCUGUAUUGUAUUCAAUUAUAUAUAUACACUAUCAAGCAUAUAUAUAUAUAUAUA